UAAUUUAAGAUGGCUGCUUCCUUGGUAAAAAAUCUAGUCGUUGCUUUUCCAAAAAUAAUUUCUUCUUCGCACUCUCUCUGCUAUUGUCGAGAACUUAAUAUGACUAGAGAUUCCUCGCUAAAAAUUAUAUCGCGAAUGGCAGGACAUAGUCACUGGGCGAAUAUCAAAUUCAAAAAAAUGCAUGCCGACUUAGCACGCAGCAAACUUUUUGGGAGAAUUUCUAUGGAAAUUAUCACAGCUGUUAGAGAGAGUGGACCAGAUCCAAACUUCAACCCUAGGCUUGAGAAACUAAUAGAUCGAGCAAAAGUGGCAAGCAUGCCAAAAAGCAGAGUUGAAGGAGCAAUCAAAUCUGGGUCCGGUAGCAAAGACAAUCCAUACACACAGUGUAACUUUGAGGUACUUGGCCCUGGGGCCUGUGGACUGAUUGUUGAUGUGCUGACUGCAAACAAAGUAAAAGCUAAAAUUGACAUCAGUAGCAUUCUUAAAAAGAAUGGGGGUCUUAUGAAAGAUGGUGGUUCUGUGUUGUUUCAAUAUCAAGCCAAAGGAAUUGUCACCAUAGAUGAUAUUUUUCAUGAUAAAGAUGGUUUUGAGGGAGCCACAUUUCCAUUGAAUGCUGCAGUGAGCAAGGCUGAGGAGUUAGGUAUUGAGGCUGAGGCAGAGGAUCUGUUCUUUACAAAGUCGGAAGAUGAUAAAAAUGUUGUCAAAUUUAUAUGUGAAGUAAAAGCCUUGAAGAUUGUAUCAGACAACAUAACAAGCGUACACCCUGAUGUUAGUAUAUCCACAGGGAUAGAAUUUAUACCCACUACGCUAGUAACCCUGUCUGACCCUCAGCUAGAGCAGGCUGAUAGGCUGAUAGAGCUCAUUAACAACCAUACUGAAGUUAUCAAGGUGUAUGAUAACAUAGCAAAUUAUCCAAGUGCAACAUGCAAGCUGUUUGCCGAAUCAUAAUGUAUGUAAAUAACUUAUGGACAAACAUUAAUAAAAUAUGAAAUGGAAACUUAA